AUGGGUCAUUGUCCUGGUGGGUCAUUGUCCUGGUGGGUCAUUGUCCUGGUGGGUCAUUGUCCUGGUGGGUCAUUGUCCUGGCGUGGCAAUGCAGCGAAGAAGGAGGGCAUGUUGCCGUGCAGCCCGUUGCACUGGAUGGAGCUGAUGAGACACAGCGAGGAGGGGAGUGAGGAGCGGAGAGAGGAGGGGAGUGAAGAGGGGAGUGAGGAGGGGAGUGAGGAGGGGAGUGAGGAGCGGAGUGAGGAGGGGAGUGAGGAGGGGAGUGAGGAGCAGAGUGAGGAGAGGGUGGGACGGGAAGCAUAG